GGAGAAGCGGUGGAGCCGCAGCUCAGCUCAACGGAAAGGAGCCUGCACCUGUACCAGACAAGCCGUGGAAAAAUCCUGACAAUAUAUUGAUGAUAGAGAUCUGUUUGCUCGGAUAUGUAUUUUUUCUUCGUAUGUAUGGGUAAAUUUGGAUUUAAUUUCCCUAUUUUCAAAGGAUCACCUCCGCAUGCAGGCUGUAACUAUGGACCAUCUGGACGCGCACUGGUUUCUACUCCCUCCAGAACCCAACUCAUCUGGAGCAACUGGCUCAUCCUCCUUCUUUUCGUUCCCUCGCGUUCUCAACAUCUCCUCUAACAUGUCUACGCAGAGUGUUCCCUUUCAGGGCAGCAGCACUGUGCUGACUGCUAUUAUCUCAUUUACUGUCUUCAUAGUGGGUCUUUCCGGGAACACGCUGGCCAUUUACGUAGUGCUGCGCUACGCCAAGAUGAAGACUGUCACCAACAUCUACAUCCUGAACUUGGCAGUGGCCGAUGAGCUUUACAUCGUCGGGCUGCCUUUCCUCACCACUCAAAAUGUGCUCUCCUACUGGCCCUUUGGCUCCUUCCUCUGUCGUGUAGUAAUGACCGCAGACUCCAUGAAUCAGUUCACAUCCAUAUUCUGCCUAACAGUCAUGUCCAUGGAUCGUUACCUGGCCGUGGUCCAUCCGAUCCGUAGCACCAAAUGGAGACACCCUCGGGUGGCCAAGGUGGUGAGCGCUGCGGUGUGGAUCGUGUCCUUCAUCGUGGUUCUGCCGGUAGUCAUCUUCUCUGAUGUGCAGGACCAGUUCAACUCCUGUAAUAUGAUAUGGCCGGAGCCAAAGGAUGUGUGGUCAACAGCUUUCAUCAUUUACACUGCCACAGUGGGUUUCUUUGGACCACUGCUAAUCAUUUCCCUCUGUUACCUUCUCAUUGUUAUCAAGGUUAAGUCAUCUGGCGCAAGGGUAGGCUUUAUUAAUCGGCGUCGUUCUGAGAGAAAGGUCACACGGAUGGUGGUGGUUAUAGUAGUGGUGUUUGUGCUCUGCUGGCUGCCGUUCUUCAUCGUCAAUAUGGUCAACCUGGUGGUCAUCAUCCCCGAGUCAAGUGCCACCGCUGGGAUCUACUUUUUUGCUGUCAUCCUGUCCUACGCCAACUCCUGUGCAAACCCACUGCUCUACGGCUUUUUAUCAGACAACUUCAAACAAAGCUUCAGAAAGGUGCUCUGUGUUAAGGGCUUGAGGUGUGGUGUCAAUGGUGUUGAUGAUGGUGACCCCAGUGCACCGCGCACAGAGAAAACUACAGCACAGGACUGCAUCUUGCUCUCCCCUCGAAACGAUGCCUACCAUGACCUACAAAGCAGCCAGAUCCUCCCCCAUCCCACUGAUUCUCUUGACCCUCAGACUGCGGCUGACCGGAGCCACACCAUCCCUAAACACCAAGUUUCCUCCACGUUCCCAGGUACAGCCACUACAGCAAUAAACUCCAAUGUAACUUCUGAGACAACUGCCGUGGAACCUCCAACCAUCACAGCCCUUACUACAGCCUCCUCAUUAGCCUCCAUUGCUCCACAAGGACAGUAGUGACUGUGGGUGUAAAGGGCUGGUUAUACUCCUGCAGCAGUGUGUCGCAGUGAGCUUGACACAGAUAUUUUUGAUUUAUGCUCAAUAUUGAAGCGUGGUCUGUGCUAUACGCUGUGGGUCUAGAUACGGCCGGGGU